AUGGCUAUAUUCAAAACCGAGCAACCUCCGCCCACCGCUGCCCAGACUGAUGUUCAACAGCCCAGCCAGGCCGAGCCAGCGAGUCCAAAUGAUCCCGAAAAAACUGGAGUCUUACAAGAUGAGACUCACAGUCAACAGACCCUCGCUUAUGCUGCGGACGUUGAGAAGCGAGUGGUGCGAAAACUAGACCUACAUGUCACGCCAAUAGUGACCUUUUUGUUUUUGUUGUCCUAUCUCGACAGAUCCAAUAUCGGCAAUGCACGAAUCGCGGGAAUGGAAAAGGAUCUGUCCUUGACCGGUGAUAGAUACGAUUGGUUGUUGACCAUCUUCUACAUUUCCUAUUGCACUUUUCAAUUCCAGGCUUUCAUGUGGAAGAUACUGAAACCGCAUACGUGGGCGUGUCUAAUCACCCUUGCUUGGGGCAUCAUUGCAACGUGCCAGGCAGCGACACAAUCAUGGGGAGGAGAGAUGGCAUUGCGCUUUCUACUUGGUGCUGCUGAGGCCGGAUUCGGCCCGUCGGUCCCGUAUCUGCUCUCCUUUUUUUAUAUUCGCUCCGAACAUGGCUUUCGAAGUGGUAUUUUCCUGGCGGCUGCGCCAUUUGCGAGCAUGUUCGCUGGCGCCCUUGCGUACGGUAUCACGAGCGGCCACUCCCAUCUCGCCAACUGGAGACUAUUGUUCCUCGUCGAAGGCAUUCCCACCAUCUUGGCAGCUCCCAUCGCCUGGUUCUUCCUCCCAGAUAGUCCCGAAAGUGCGAAAUUCUUGACAGCGGAGGAGAAGGAAGUGGCGAAAGCCAGGGUCAUUCGGCAACACGGUACUCAGGAAGAGGGUCGCAAGCUCAACGUCAAAGAUAUUGGGUUGACUCUUCUUGAUGCAAAAGCGUGGUUCACCGCCCUGAUGUAUUUUUCAUGCAAUGUCUCGUACUCUUCCCUUCCGGUGUUCUUGCCCACCAUUCUGAACGAGAUGGGCUUCUCUUCGAUCAAUGCUCAAGGUCUUUCGGCGCCGCCCUACUUUGUCUCAACGAUCGUCACUAUCGGGACUUGUUACAUCGCGGAUCGGACGCGACAACGUGGAUUGAUGAUUGCUUUUCUGAGCGUGGUUGGAGGCAUUGGUUAUAUUCUGCUGGCCACCUGCAAGCCGGUAGCUCCGAGGUAUUUCGGAACCUUUCUCUGUGCCAGUGGAGUAUUCCCAGCCAUUGCCAACAUUCUCCCGUGGGUGGUCAACAAUCAAGGAAGUGAUACCCGUCGAGGCAUGGGUAUCAUGUUACUCAAUCUCGUCGGUCAGACCGGUCCUUUUCUCGGUACCAGAAUCUUUCCCAAAUCCGAAGGACCACGAUAUGUCAAGGGCCAGAGCAUCUGUGCUGCAUUCAUGUUCUUCAACGCGUUCCUCGCACUGAGUUUGAGGACGUUGUUGGUUUGGGAAAACAAGAAACUGGACAAGAAAUAUGGCAAAGUGGGCGAGGCACAAGCUGCUGCGGCCCGAGAUGGCAAAACCGGUGCUCACGUCGGGGAGGAGAACUAUGGAGCUUCCUACAGGUAUAUCCUGUAGUCACGUAUCGAUACGACUACAUGUGGUUUGGGUGUACAGUGAGGGUUCUGUUGGCUAUCGACAUUGAUGGUGGAUGAUGACUACUAUACCUUGGUCGUACUGAGGUAGAGAGAAGUG